CAAUCCACAAUAUAAUUGGCCCACAGGUGUAGCCCUGAAGUAGCCAAUCACGCAAGGCCCAUUGUGUAAAUAAUGUAUAUAAGCAGAUGGUUUUGGGAAAAGAGCCAUUCGUCUUCUCUUCUUCUCCCUGAUGAAUAUGAGCUGAAUAAAGAGCAUGAAAUUCACUCUCGACUCCGAGUAUAUUUCAGAUCCUAUGAAAGCAGGGCCAGCCCUAUUAUUAGACACUUGUCUCAGGCAGCAGAUUUGGAGAGGAACUGGGCUGGGCUCUCCCCCACCGGCUGUCCAAGUUCACUCUGAGUGUGCCUCCUUGCCAUCUGCUUCCACCGUGCUUCAGUCCCUGUUGCCAGCGGCUGCUUGUCUUAUUUCAUGUGGCAAAAGGGGUUAGGGUGACAAUGUCUGUAUGUUUGCUUACAAAGGAAUUAGUUUAAGUGUGUUUGAUGGGACUGGCUUCCUGUAUGUGAACGUAGGAUUGUAGCCUUGGUUUUGUUUUAAUUUCUGGUCUCUAGACUUGAGAAAAUUCCAGUGCCAUAGACAUUUAAGCCAAAGAAUUCUGGGAACUGUAAUUUAAGGGUAUUGGGAAUUGUAGUUCUGUGAGGGGUAAACUACAUUUCCCCAGGAUUCUUUUUUUUGGGGGGGUGUCUUUUAAAUGUGCUUUAAAUAAAAACACUGGGAAUUCCUUAGUCCCUGACCCCUUCUCUUUAAACUCAGCUAAAUCCCUCAUCAGGUGGGAGAAGUUCAAGGGGUUCCCAGGUUACCUUGGUUACAGAACAAAUAUAGCUUUCUGAUAGGUUCUUAGCAUAUAUGAAUUUUUUAAUAGAAACACUCCCCUCAACUUAAAUUUCAGUGUGCGUGGGGCGGAGUUUUCUGAGUGAGGCAUUUCUCUGCAGUUUCUCUAAAAGGGUUGGGCUCUCUCACUUUCCCCCCCUACCUUUCUUUUUUCUCUCUGAAAGCUGGUCUUAUGACCUGAUUAUAAACCCAUCCUGGAGGAACCGGUUUCUCCAGCACAAUUGAGUUACCUCAGAACAUAAUAAUGUACACUGCAAGAAACAAAAGCCUUGUGGGCACACUUGUUUGCUCCCUGCUGCUCAAGAGCUGAGAGAGGAUCUGAGAGCCCUGGCCAUCAACAGCAAGCUAGCUUUUUCCAUAGAUAGAAGGACUGUCCAGGAAGUUGGACAGGUGCCUCAGGGAUGUACGAUAUAGGAUAAUAUGCAAAUAGAUAGAAUCAUAGAAUUGUAGGGAGCCUUACGGGCCAUCCAGCUUAAUCACUUGCUCAUUGCAGAAAAUUCAGAGUUGUGGCAGCUGUUCACGCCCUCUCCGUAAGCACACCUCAGAAGCAAAUGCAAGUGAAGAGAGGAGAUAAUAUCACCCUACCAUGUACCUACGAAAGCUCUGUCGUUAAUCCAGCUAAGGGGGACAUUGUUGCUUGGAUGAAAAUGCCAGAUGAGGUAGAAUUUAUUAACCGGUACCUUGAUGAUGGUGGAACAUAUAUUAGCAAUGCUUAUAAAGGUCGGGUGAACUUCUCUGGCAAUAUAAAUAAUCGUGACAUUGGCAUCAUCCUCAGUCAGGUGACCUUGAAUGACAAUGGUACCUAUGAAUGCUCAGUCCGAAUCCGCGAUGAUCCUCCCUUGACACAUUCAAGAAUGGAACUUUUGGUCCUUGUGCCUCCAUCCAAGCCAGACUGCAAAAUUAUAGGGACCACAGAAUACGGACAAAACAUUAACUUGACCUGCAAUUCUAUCGAAGGAUCCCCCAAACCCGAAUAUUCCUGGCAAAGCUACAAUCCAGAAAACAAACCACGAGCACUCGUAGGAACAGUAACGCCAGGAGUGCUUAUGCUGAAGAACAUCUCUAUAGACACCACUGGCUACUACAUCUGCCUUUCCAAAAACUCUGUUGGAGACAGUUUAUGCAACAUCACUGUUAAUAUCACACCACCAUCCAUGAAUUUUGCCCUACUUGGUGGAGUCAUUGGUGGGCUUGUUGCUGUUAUCAUUAUUAUUGCUGUUGUGGCUUACUGUUGUUGCUGCAGGAAUGGGAAGGACAAAGACUAUGAGAUGACGGAGACAGAAAAUGGCUAUCAACCACCUGAUGUAAAAAUACGGGGACCUGCUGAAGAGGAGAUUCAGGACGAGGAGCAAGAAGAGGAGCAAGAAGAGGAAGACAGGCACCACCCAGUACAGCCACCCAUUUCCAGAGUGUCUCCAGAGGUUUAAGAAGCUGUGGCCCAGAGAUGAGCAUUUCCAUUUGAGGGGGGGGAAGACUGUUGAUGUUAAAUAUUUCUCUUUCACCUUAACUCAUGUGGCUUUCCAAGACAGUAUAGGCAGCAAGUUUGUGGAGGCCAGGGGUCCCCAAACUAAGGCCCGGGGGCCGGAUGCGACCCAAUCGCCUUUUCAAUCUGGCCCGCGGACGGUUCGGGAAUCAGCAUGUUUUUACAUGAGUAGAAUGUGUCCUUUUAUUUAAAAGGUAUCUCUGGGUUAUUUGUGGGGCAUAAUAAUUUGUUCAUAUAUUUUUUCAAAAUAUAGUCCGGCCCCCCACAAGGUCUGAGGGACAGUGGACUGGCCCCCUGCUGAAUAAGUUUGCUGACCCCUGGUGGAGGCAAAAUCUGACUUGUUUCCUCAUAUGCAUUUAGUGCAUAUCUACUCAUAAGCUCCUUUCCAAUUUGCCCAUCAGUCGCCUCACAAUGGAAAAGGGGGACUCCAGGACAACUGUUAUAUUGUCAAAUUGACAAAUUGAAUGUUCCAUUCAAGUUUUCAUGUGCUGCGAUUUGAAUUAUUGUGGACUGACACUAUCCAGUAUAUAGGAAAACAGGGAUCUCUUUUAUUUCACUUUUCACUAAGUAGGCCACUGCAAUCCAAGAAAAAAGAAAAGAAACCUAGAGCCUUUAGAUGAGCAGUUUAAGACACUAGUUGUUACUUAUUUGUUGUGCAGGAUCUACAUAACACCCCCUAUAACUGUGUUGCUAUUAUCAGAGCAUUAGUUUCCUCAAUAUUCAAACCAGAAGCUGCUGAUUCCUCUGUCAGUGCAUUAUUGUUUCUGCUUUAUGGAGUUAGAUACAACUGUCAUGCACAUCUCUUGGACAAUGCAGACAUGCCCCAUCUCUAUUAUUUUAAAAUGGCUCUGCCCUCUUAAUGGCCAUCCCACAUGUUAGGAAAGGAUCAGACUUUUCCUGCUUUUGGAAUGUAUUUUUAAAAAUAUAUCAAUUGCUUGCUACAAGCAUUGUCAUUGCUAGUGCAAUUAGUGGUACCUCCGGUUGCGGACGGGAUCUGUUCCGGAGCUCUGGUCAGAUCCCGAGGUUUCUGCAACCAGAGGUGACUGUUCUGCACAUGCACGCGGCACGUAGAGUGCUUCUGUGCAUGCAGCGAAACCCGGAAAAAUACUUCCGGGUUUGCUGCUUUCGCAACCCAAAGUUUACAUUACCCAAGGGUAACGUAAGCCAAGGUUCUACUGUAUACUGCUAACAAUUUUAUUUAAAAAAAUCACGUGGGGGGGAAAUUAAUUUUCAGCUACUUGGAAAAUCUUUAAUACAUGGGUUACUAAUGAUCCAUUUUCUUAGAAAUUUGCUGUUUUUGAAAUUGCAUUUUUUUUUAAAAAAAAUAAAGUGACACUUCACCACUACUCUAAGCAUUGGCUAUCAUAGCUGAACUCAAACUGAAACAUUACAUUGAAUGAAGCUGCUUUCUUUCCACCCCAUUCUAGUCCAGUACUUGACGCUCAGUCUACAUUAUAUUAACAUGCCUAUAUAACUGCAGCCAUACUGGAUAAUGUAGAAUCUAGCUCACUAGUGCAUCCUUGAGCAUCCUGAAAAUCACAUAUUUGAAAUAUAGUCACCCUAUUUUUCGGUGACAAGUGCCAAGGAGGGGAAAUUCAGCAAAGCUUUAAGAACAUGCCAGUACUUCUGAUGUUUUGAGUACUUACUUCCCAAAGCAAGAUGUCUUCUUUUAGUACACACCAGGUACAGCACAGGGAAAGCUCCCAGUCCCACCAACAUACUGCAGACAACAGAGUGCACUAUGACUAUAACUAUAGGCCACACAGAGGUGGGGCCUAGGCAAGGAACAGUAGAGCAGGCAUCCCCAAACUGCGGCCCUCCAGAUGUUUUGGCCUACAACUCCCAUGAUCCCUAGCUAACAGGACCAGUGGUUGGGGAAGAUGGGAAUUGUAGUCCAAAACAUUUGGAGGGCCGAAGUUUGGGGAUGCCUGCUAUAGAGGUUAGAUGUGUAUCACUGCAGUAUCUGAUCAACAACUAACCUAGUUUGAAAUAGACGCAGUGAGUCAGGAUCGGAAAGGGUGGAUGGGUGGAUAGAUUUUGGCAUCUACCACAGAACUCUGUCCUCAACAUACAGCUUGCUUUGCAAUGCAGUCCCUGUAGUCCUUCACUAUUCUUGCCCUUGACUAAAUAUCUCAGUUCUGCAAAAACUGUUAUCUUUGUUAUUCAAACAAGUUAGUAAAUUUAUGCUCUUUUUCCUAAUUGCCAAAUACAAAUUAAGAGCAGACCUCACAAUGGGGCACUGAAACAUUAAUUUCAUUUCAACAAAGGAUGCUUAGGACCUAUCAUCACUAAGGAAGAUUACAAGCUUUGUUGUCUGCUCCAUUUUAGCUCCACUCUUUUCCAAGCGCUUUUCAGAAAACAGACUUAUAGAAUCAUACCAGGGGGGGGGGAUGCUGCCCUUACUAACUUUGAAAUCCUUUAUGAUGACAUGAAGUAGUAAAAGGAAUGAAAGCCUGAACAAAGCUGAAUAGGAAAUCUGCCGAAUCAACAUGUAACACAUAAAAAUGUCAAUGCUUUAUGUUCCGGAAGCAGUAACACAUGUGCAGGUGGGUCUUACUGAAAAGAGAAUUUGAUGACACAGAAGCAUCAAUCAGAUGGAGAGAAGGAAAGGCCUCUAAAUUCCUGGCAAUGAACUUCCCCUCCCAGGUUAAAAAAGCCCUGCCCUUUAUGAACUUAACUUUUAGGGUCACAAUCCUGCUGGAGGUUUCUUUGUUGUACCCACUAGGAGAGGGACCUUUCCUCCACUGUGUCUAUUUCCAAUCUGACAAGUGACCAUUCCUGCUACUUUACCGGUAUUUAUUUAGGAGCUGCCACUACAUGGGUUUGGAACUGGAAUGCACCUUCACUUGUAACAUUGAGCCCUGGGACAGUUAUGGUUUACACUUCAUCACAUGGCCAUGGUCAAUAUCCCUACAGUAAUUUCCAGUGCUGCAGACACACCAAUGAAGAAUUCAAGUUGGAAAGCUGCCAGUUCAGAGGUAGACUUACAGGAUCCAAAUUUAAGGCAGUAGUGUCAUAUAUUACAUCACAGUCAUCUUUUUUAAAAUCAACACCUGCUCCUUUUCACCAUUGCAUAGUGUUGCUAUCUAGUACCUGCACACCCACAAUAUCAUGCACAACCUUAGCCAACAAAAUCCAGGAAGCUAGUCAUACUGGCAGUGUCUCAUGAGAUAUGGGAGGUUACUUUUUACAUUAGGGAAGCUCUCUCUAAACAGGACACACACACUUCCUGCUUCUGAAGACCCUCCCAAGUUCUCAGAAGAGAACAGCAGAAGUGUUUCCUGUUAGGAUAUAAACUAAGCAAGAAUCCUAAACAAAUUAAACAAGAAUCCAACCAAUUAUCUGCAGAAUUGUUGAAGCGUUCACCUCACAAAUGUGUGUGUGUAGAUAGGAUGUGUGUGCAUUUCUGGCCUGGAAUAGGUUUCUAUUGUAGCCCAAAUACAUUGUGCUUGUUUCAUUUGAACUUUCUGGGGCAGACAAUUUUGAUGGUCAUACAAAUGCACACAAACAACAAACCAGGAGAAUUGGUACUACAUGCUGCUCCACUAAAAGGAGAUCUGGAAGAAACUCACAUCCUGGCUUCACCUGCUGUCCUGGGGGUGUGGAAUUGCCUGAAAGUGGCAAUUACAAUAGCUUGUGAGGGUUUAAGUCAGAGCUUGGGAAAAGUGAGGGAACAGAGAUAAUACAAGGUUAAGUUAAUAAUAGCAUUCUUUGUUCUCCUUUAAAGAAGUUUAUAAAGCGACUCUCAUUAGCUGCUUGGGUAUUAUCAGGAUAUCAGGGCUUCAUGGAUAUCGCAGACAAUACCUUGCAGGCAGGCAGGCAAGCAAUAGCCACUGAAUCAAAAGUCUAAAUGAGCACUUUCCAAAGUUUCCUCCUCAGAUCUCCUCUCAAUAAGUUUCCAGCUGUCAUGCUGCACAGAAGACUCUUCCUUCAGAUGACAAGCUAGUUAGUUCUAUGUUUGUCACACUCAGCUAUCAGCUAGGAAUAAAAUCCCCUCGUUUGCAAAGAUGCUGCCUGUAAUUGCUUUCAGGUGCACAUGGACCCAGCUUAUUUAUACAUUUGGCUGCUGAUAAUUACGCAACGUAGACUAGUUCACAGGCCAGUUGAGUCGUUUUAGGCCUUAUGCCUUAUGCCCAAGGACUUAAUUUGUGCCACAGCUCAAUCCUGGAAUAUAUAAAAACCACAUAAAGGACUCAUUUACUUCACCACACACAGGGCAUUAGGGAGUGUGUACUAUUAAAGAUACAAACUACAGCUCCAUCAAGUUUGCAUCCUGAAAUCAAGAAGUGUGCAAUCAUUCAUUCAUUCAUUCUGCACCUUUCCCCUAGAACUGGGACUCAAAGCAGGUUACAAAAAAGUAAACCAAAUACAGAUAUAAAAUACACAUAGCUUAAAACAUUUAAAGGUUAUUUUAAAAAAGUAAUUAAGCUAUAUAUGGAUUUUUUUAAAAAAUGUAAAAAAAAACCCUAUUAAAUUGCAGGUUACAUACACAUACACACCUCCCAGUACAGCACACUAUCAAGACCACUUUAAAAUCAAUCAAUUCUCAAAGACCUCCUGGAAUAAUAGUCUUUGCCUGGAGGGAGCCAGUCUAGCCUCUCUAGGGAGCUGCCACUGCAAAAACACUCUCCCAGUUUCUUUUAGAUAGCCUGGACCUAAGCCAUACAGGGCUUUAUAGGUAAAAACCAGUACUUUGAAUUGUGCCCCA